UAAUAUAUCAUCUUUGAGGAGGAAAAAGUGAAAGAAAAAUGUUUUAUGCACAUUUUGUAUUGAGUAAGCGGGGUCCUCUUGCCAGGAUUUGGCUCGCUGCUCACUGGGAUAAAAAACUAACCAAAGCUCAUGUAUUUGAAACUAACCUUGAAGCUUCUGUGGAGACGAUCAUUAGUCCUCAGGUAAAAAUGGCCCUCAGAACAUCUGGUCAUCUUCUGCUUGGUGUUGUUCGAAUUUAUAACAGAAAAGCAAAAUAUCUGCUGGCUGACUGCAAUGAAGCUUUCGUCAAGAUCAAGAUGGCUUUCAGACCUGGCGUUGUUGAUCUUCCUGAAGAUAGCAGAGAAGCUCCGCACAAUCAAAUUUAUUUGGUGGAAGAAUUUCAGGAUUUUGAUGCACCAUUGCCAGAUAUAAGUGACAUCAACAUCAAUCGCAACCUAACGUUGAACCAAUCGAGACUUGAAGAAAUCACAAUGCCAGAAGAUGUUCCGACGUCGUUUCAAAUGGAUGAAGGGUUCGGUGGCGGAAUGAUGGGGUUUGGCAAAGAAGUUGAUCAGUUUUCGACAGGAGAUUUGCAAAAUAUGUUUUACAAAGAUGACAACAGAAAGCUUCCUGGUUCUUCAAAAGAUCUUGGAUUUGGAAUGGAUGGAGGAGGAAUGACUGCUGAUAUGGGAGGUGGAGGGAUGUUAGAUGACAACUUCAUGCAAGGUCCUGGGCUAUUCGGUGAGGGAGAAAGUUUUCUCGGAGAAUCAAGACAAGAUAAACAAGAUGAAAUUGCAAUGGAAACAGGGGAAGCAGCUAUGGAUCAUCAAGUAAUGUCUCCGAUGCCACAACAACAGCAAGAACAACAAAUGCAACAGAACGAUCAAUUAUUACAUCAAGAUAUUCCACCCCAGGAACAGCUUGAGACUGUCGAUGCACAACAGCUUCACAUCCAUGAACAGCCAGACAUCCAGACACCCCAACAAGGUCAACCAGAGACAACUGAGCAACCUCAACUCCAGACAACAGCGGACGAAACGAUCAACGUAACAAUAAAUCGGAACGAGACAACACUCAUUGCAAAUGAGGAAGAAGCAUUUGCGCUGGAACCUCUCGAUAUCACAGGAGUAAAAGAUACUCGAAUUCGAAGAAAACGCAAAUUGGUUGUUGAUCAAAUCAUGGAAUUAGACGGACAAACAAUGCGAGAACAGUUGAAAGAUUUCACAGACAUUGUUACGUCGCUGGAUAUGGCGCCACCUACCAAACGACUCAUGCAAUGGAAAGAGCUUGGGGGGGUCGACAAAUUGUUUGCUAAUGCCAGUCGGAUUUUUAAUGACUAUGUUGGAAAGGCAUAUUCAAUCAAUCUACACUGCGAAGUACCGGAAGAUCUGAAAGAUGUCUCUGCUACACAGUUACAUGAACUUUACGGACAGGAUGAGAAUGAACCAGCUGAUGAAUCAUCUAUCCAAGCUGCUCGUGACAUCAGUGUCCAACAACAUGAACAACCUCACGCAAUUCUAGACCAAUCAACAAGUUUGCUCCAACAACCACACAAAUCUUUGGAUCCUGUCAUUCCUGCUCCGAAUGCAGAUGUCAGUUUACCACAACCAGCUGCCUAUAAUUCGGAUGAUGAUUAUGAGCCGUACAGUGUAGGACCACCAAGCAUAGCAUCAAGUCCAGGUGACAAUCUGGGACAGCCAGGAAGUCCACCUGCUGUUCCUGAGCCAGGUGGCAUAUCUGGCCUUGGUGACCUGGGUCUCAGUGACAUAUCAGGAAUACCGGAACAAGCUGAAGAGCCCCAACCAGAGAUUCCUGAACCAGAUGAAGGUGAAGCAUACGAUGAUGAUGUUGAUGAUUUGAGAUGGAAUAAGAGAACUCAACAUCUGAUGCACACGUUAAACAGAUCAUUCAAGCAUAGCAACCAAAUUUCAUUCUUCCAAACGACAGAAGGACUGACUCGUAAACAAGCCGUGUCUAAGUUUUAUUCCUUACUAGUCCUUGCAAAACAAGAAGCCACCCUUCUACAACAAUCGGAAAGCUUCAGUGAUGUUUUUAUCAAACAAGGACCAAGAUUUGAGACUGUAUUGAUGUGAAAAGACUCUCACUAAAAACGAUGUUGAAAAACUUGGUAAACGCAGGCCAAGUAAAUGUUAUACAGACGGUUCAUCCCUUGUAGGCUCGAGUGCGAAGAUUUGCUAAAUUAUUCACAAAAUCAAAACUCACUAUAUUAAAUAUAAUCGGGCGUAGCCAGCAAUUGUCAAUGGAGGUUUUGUUUAUAAUGGCCGAGUAAGCGUGCGUUAAUCUACCAAAAAUUGCUAUGUAUGGUACAUUUCAGAGGCGUGGAUUGGUCUGCGGAUUAGAAAUAUAAUUCCCAUAUAGACAUCUAUAGAGUCAAGAUGUGGAAUGCUCAUGCUUAAUUGUUAUGAUCAAUCCUCAAUUUUUUUAUGGCGUCUCAAGUUAAAUGGAGUCCCGUUUGUUGAAGUGCUUAAAAUGACAAAUGUGUGCUGAGUGAACAAUAGUUUCAGCCUUUAGGAAUUUGCAACAAAAGGGAUAUUGAGCUUUGUGGAUAAAACUAUUCGAAUGUAUUGUAUUCUUUGGAAUUAUUCGAUUGAAAAAAUAAAAUUCGAUUACACCAAGUGAUUUUUAUUUAAUAAAUUAGUUCGCAUUUUAACAUUCUUAAACGUUCUAGGUGCAAGUCAAUGAGAUAUAUUGAUUAAAACCAAUUCUUUAAUUGAAACUGAUGAAAGAUCUCUGACUUCUUGGUGACUUGGUAGUCUUUAUACAAAAGCGUAAUGCGGUCGUCUAUAGACAAAGGGUUGUGUAAGCGAUGACCAGAUAACCAUAAAAGCUACAUCCACAGCCCAGACAUUCGGUCAACACAAUUUAUGAAUUGGAAGUUUGACAAAACUUUUAAGUUCGCCUCCACUUUCUUCAAUUAACCAAAUAUGCUUAAAUAACGGGAUACUUAACAUUCGUAAACUAAAUCUUUAAUCACGUCAACCAAACCUCGUCUUGUGCAUUGUUGAUAAACUUGAGCCUGCAAGGGUUGAAUUGUCCGUAAGCCGAGUAAUUUGCUGCUUAUUAUAGACUCCAGUACGAGCUUGGCUCAUAGGAUAAUAGAAUUGUGAUUUAGAGCUAUAAAGAGAGAAGAGAAUAGAAACUGGUAUUGUCAUUAUCUGCUGCUAUCACUGCCCAUUUAUUUGAUGACAAGAUUUGAGGUCUUUCACCCAAGAGGACAAAUCUUGGAAAAGCUGUUUUGAAAAAAUGAUCAUUUUUGAAACUAGCCUACUAUAGAUUCUUAUUGAAAUUUUAUUAAUAAGCUUGCUUCAAACUAUGAUUAGAUAUCAGAUCUGCCUUCAAUAUUUUCAAAUGAAUUUCGGUAUUCAUCCUUCGGGCUUGAAACCCUUGAAUGACAUCUGAGUGCAACGUAGUCAUUAUCAUUUACCCAUAUAUGUUCUUUCUAUGAAUUAUCAUGCAAACAGUUGUCUUUUCAUAAGUUUGUAUGUUUUCGUAAUCCCUUGAUUGUAAUAGAUUGGUUGCCGUAAGUUCUAUGUAUCAGCUUUGGUCUUGUAUUGUUGUAAUUCUGUAUGGAGACCAGAUACCUUAACUUAGGGUCCUAUUUUAUAUAGAGCAUCCUACUUUGUCAAGUUUGAGAGGUUUGGUUUGAAUUUUGGGACCUCCAGAAGUAUGUGCACCAAGAUGGCGCACAACCUGAACACAGUAUGUGUACCAGGUUAGGAUUCAGGUUGUGCGCCAUCUUGGUGUACAUACUUUGGAGCGCCGAAUUUUGGUUUGGUUUGAAUUUUGUUAUCCAGUCGUGGUCAACUUUUUUCUAUUUUAUUCGAACCCUAACGCGACACAUUUUUAUGAUAUAUUAGUCUCCAAGUCCAUGCUUCCGAAAACAAACAAUACAGUAAAACUAAUCCCAUACCCGACUUGGAAUGGUAACCGGACGAGAGGCCGUGGUUCGCCAUAUGGAUAAGUCGUCUUAUCGGCUUUCCUCUCCCUCCGGGAUAAAUAUGUAAAUCCUAUCCUAGUCUCAUUCAGGGAACUGUUCUACAGGAUGGAUAAAAUAUCAUUAUUAUACUGCAUUGUUGCUUAGCAUGAAUGUUUAUGAGCACUUUUUCUAACUUUUUUGUCCAUUUUGGUGGUAGUUUUACCAUUGUAGCAGUAAGAAUGUGUAUUUUUUGUAUAUAAAUACUUUUUUAUUACUCCAAUAUCUGCUUGUAUUACCCACUUUAGCUUGAAACUAUAUGUGGCUUCAUUGGAACAGGUGCUAUAUAGCCAACCAUAUAACAAAAUAAUAUAACAUUUUGCCAAUCUGUUGCAGAAAGCUAUGGUAGCUUGUUAUUACUGUUUUAAUCAUGCAGUAGUGUGGUCCAAAUCUUUACAGUUCUACUACUAAGCCCUAUAAGUGAUUCACUUUUAAUUAAUAUACUCUAAAUUUUAUGUUUUCUACUUGAAACCAGGCUUACAGCUAACUCUGCACACAUUGAAUGAAUUUGGAGGUUAUUAUGAGAUCUGCUCUUUUCGCAUAGAUGAAAUGCCCCAGCGCAGACAAAUGCCAUGUUUCAUUAAACCCAAUUCAACAAUUUUUGAACGAAAAUCUUGAGUUACCCUAGUUUUAUAGUUGAUUUGCCAUAAUUACGGCGACUAGUCACAGAACCUCAUCUUCUCCUGUGUUAUACGGGUUGGGAACCACUCACCUAGGACUGUAGCUUAUAAUUUUUUAAUAGCCAUUGCUUUUAAUGCCAUCUUUAUUAUUUUUGUCUUUCAAUGUCUAGAAUACAGAUUUUGAUUUUUA